AUGGAAGCUCCAACUCCGCCUUCGCCUACAGAGCUCGACGCGGCGGAGAGGAUUAUUCUCCUGUGGGACUCGACGGCCUCUGAAGAAGCCAGGGAACGAAUGAUAUUCGAAGGCCACCGCGACGAAGUCGAUCGCUACUUGCAGGCCGUCGAUGAAAUCCAACGCUCCAUGUCCUCCGCCUCCCUCGUCUCCGACGACGACCAGGCCAAGCUCAACUCCGCCAUCCAGAUCGCCAUGGCGAGGCUCGAGGACGAGUUCCGCAACAUCCUCCUCAACCACACCUCUCCCAUCGAGCCAGACUCACUCACCUCCGCCGAUCCGAGCUCGUCCACUCACUCCUCCGCAGCUGAUUCGACCUCCGAGUUCGAGGAUUUCUCUCCCGAAGACGACUCCGGUUUGACCACUCCCAAGGCCUCCUCCGCCUCCGUCGGCGACGCCGACGAGCUGCUUCAGCGUGGCGAUUCGUCGAACACUUGCAGCUACAGGUCCACCAGCAGCAUCCGUGAGCUCGAUCUCAUCCCCUCCGAUGCCGUCGUCGAUCUCCGCAACAUCGCCGAGCGGAUGAUCGCCGCCGGUUACCUCCGCGCGUGUAUUCAGGUGUACGGUGGAGUACGGAAGUCCGCAGUAGACUCGAGUUUCCGAAGGCUAAAGAUUGAGAAGUUGAGCAUCGGCGAUGUUCAGAGGCUUCAGUGGGAGCAGCUCGAGGCCAAGAUCCGACGCUGGAUACGCGCCGCCAAGGCCUGCGUCAGGAUCGUCUUUGCCUCGGAGAAAAAGCUCUGCGAGCAAAUCUUCAACGGCAUCGGCACCGCCAUUGACGACGCUUGCUUCAUGGAAACAGUGAAGGAGCCCGCGAUUCAGCUCUUCAACUUCGCAGAGGCGAUCAGCAUCAGCCGGAGGUCGCCGGAGAAACUCUUCAAGAUUCUCGACUUGCACGACGCUCUAAUGGACUUGAUGCCGGAUAUCGAAUCUGUGUUUGAAUCGAAAUCGUCCGAGUCGAUUCGGAUUCAGGCGGUGGAGAUCCUGUCGAGGCUCGCGGAGGCGGCUAGGGGGAUUUUGUCGGAGUUUGAGAACGCAGUGCUUCGCGAACCUUCUAAGGUCCCGGUCCCGGGUGGGACGAUUCAUCCAUUGACUCGGUAUGUAAUGAAUUACAUCAGUUUGAUAUCGGAUUAUAAGCAGACUUUGAAUGAACUUAUUGUGUCAAAACCCUCCACGGGGUCGCGGUACUCUGGCGACCCCAGCACCCCGGAUAUGGAGUUUGCCGAGCUGGAGGGAAAGACCCCUUUGGCUCUGCAUUUGAUUUGGAUUAUUGUGAUUUUGCAAUUUAAUUUGGAUGGCAAAUCCAAGCACUAUAAGGAUGCUUCAAUAGCUCACUUGUUUAUGAUGAACAAUGUUCAUUACAUAGUUCAGAAGAUCAAAGGGUCCCCGGAACUGAGGGAGAUGAUCGGUGACGAUUAUUUGAGGAAGUUGACCGGGAAGUUCCGCCAGGCGGCCACUAGUUACCAGAGAGCUACUUGGGUGAGCGUGUUGUAUUGUUUGAGGGAUGAAGGGUUACAUGUGAGUGGGAGUUUUUCUUCUGGGGUGUCAAAGAGUGCUCUGAGAGAGAGGUUCAAGUCUUUCAAUGCCAUGUUUGAGGAGGUUCAUAGGACUCAAGCUACUUGGUUGAUACCGGACUCUCAGCUUAGGGAGGAGCUAAGGAUAUCUAUCUCAGAGAAGUUGAUCCCAGCUUAUAGGUCGUUUCUUGGGCGGUUCAGGAGCCAUAUAGAGAGUGGGAGGCAUCCGGAAAAUUACAUCAAGUAUUCAGUCGAAGAUUUGGAAACUGCUGUAUUGGAUUUCUUUGAGGGGUACUCGGUAUCCCAGCACUUGAGGAGGAGAUCUCAAGUGGCCAAGUCUACAAGCCUGAAUACUUCUGCCCUCUUUGUCCCUUCAGCUGCCCCUCUCAAGUUGCAUUACGGUGCCUCUGCCAUCUCUGCUUCAGUUGAGGUUUCUCCAGAUGGCGUUCGCACAAUCCUUCCACAAAAGCUAACAAAUCGUUUUUCAUGCAAAGGUACUAUGAUAUCAAAUGAGUACCACGCGCAUCAUAGUUUCUGUGUCACAGGAAAAAUUCCCAUAACAGGGAAAAUGCUCAGGAUCCACUCUAUCAGGUACUAG